GCAAGUGCGUCACUUCAGUCUAAUUCUCGAUUUUAAUACGCGAUAGAUUGGGGUUAUAAUUUUUGAUCAAAAUCAAUGCAGAAUGUCAAAUAAACGAAAGAUAUUUGACGUGGACACGAAGUGUCGUCUCUGCCUCGGAGACGAGGGCUACAUGAGUUACCUUUUCGAAGAUACACUGCUUCCAAAAGUUGAGAACAUAACCAAGUGCACCUCGAUCAUUAUACGGGAAGAUGGUGACCUACCUAACAAAGUCUGCCACCUCUGUUUGUACAAGUUGGAUAUGUGGAACGAAUUCAAGGAACAAUUCAUCAAGUCAAAUGAAGUGCUGCUCGCCCAUUUGGAUGCUAGCGAGAUCAAUGAUUCCACCCUGGAAUCUAACAAUUCUAAGAGAAAAUAUGAUUUUCAAGCAAGUGAAACGGAAACUUUGUCUGAAAACCCCGGCACGAAAAAAUUUAAGAAGAACAAUAUUCCAGUGGAACCUCUAGAAUUCACAAGAGUGGAAUAUGUUACUGAUCAAUCUGAAUUAAAGGACAUGUUUAUACCGGAGGAUGAUCCAAUAACUUCUAGCUUCAAAGAAGAUACAGCGAUGCUAGAUAAGAAAUCAUCAAUGGGUGAACAUGACAAAAGCGAGAAAAAUCAUCAAGUAGAAUCCAAAUCUCAGGAAUUAGAUCUCCACCCAAAGCCUACAUUGAUUCCUAUGAGAAUUAGACAUUUUGGAGGAAGACGUGGUAGGACUACGGCAAAGCGAAGAGCAUCGACCAAACGAUGGGUGGCAAGGAAAAAAGCUCUUCUGGCUGCUACGGGUAAAUAUGCUUCGGAUACUGAUUCUAUUAUAUCAGAUAAUGACUCGAAAUUAUCACCAGUUCAAAAAGCUCGCGCAAAGACAAACGCGGAUAAAGAAGUUGUGAAACAAAGGAGAUUAGCUAAAGCUUUGAAAAAUUUAGAAACAGAUAUGAAAGGUGAAUACGGUAUUAAAUACGAUAGCGAUGCAAUUUUAAUUCCUCAAACAGAUUCCGGAUUGAACAAACACAAAACAAGGUAUCAAAAGAAAAUAACGCUUGAGAAAGGUCCCACGAGCGAUCCAAGGAAUGUGCGAAACUCUGCAAGAAACGAAAACAGUACUGAAACAAAUAAUGAAAAAGAAGUUGCGAAUGAAAAAGAGAACAGCUCUACUUUCAACGAAUCAGGAUUGAAGGAACACGUUCCGAGUUCACAAUCUAGAACAAUGGAAGGAAGUAAUGAUAGCCCAGCCUACACACAAUCGAUCUUUAACCCACAACCAAUUAAAUCCGAGAUUGAAGUUGGAAAUUCUACUUACAUUGUAACGUCAACACUGGUGCUCUCAGAAGAUCAUUACAUAAAACCUGGUUCGAAAAACUCUUCUCUGGACGAUAAUGGUACGAACAUAGAUGAAAACAGUCAGGAGCGUAACACAGAUAUCAUCGAUGCUGUACAACUCCGAAGAAUAAAUCCGAAAACAAUAAUUGAAAAUGAUGACAAAAGAAAUGUUGAAAGGUGUUUGAACAUUGAAGUUGAGGGGACAGAAUUAGAAGCCUUGCAAAGGGUUCAGGCUGAGUUAGCUGCUUUUGUUGAAAAAGAUAUGAAGAACAGGUUAUCGCAUAAAGAUGUACUACCGUGCAUUGAUGAAGUGAAAAGUAAACCAAAAGACUCUUUCCAAACAUUGGAUCAGCAGCUGAAAGCAAUUGUAGAAAAGGCGAUUAGAAAGAAUAUCGAGACAUCAUUAAAAUUGAGAAAAAUCCCUCCAAGCAAGAUAACAACACUUCGCAAUCAAAAAUCAUCAACCUUUUCACCAGCCUUCAUCAAAGCAGCAACGCGUUCAAAAAUAUUCCAACCUAAAGUCAUUCUAAUGAGAUUGGAUAUAAACAAGGUAAUGAAAAGGUAUAAAAUAAAUAAUCUUCCAUCAAUGGAAAGUCAAAAAUCUAACAACUCCUACACUGAAGAUGAAAAUGUAACUUACAACGAUGGAGAAAACAAUUCUUCACUACAAUAUCGAACGUUCAAGCUAAUGCCUAUUGAAUCUGAUGAUAAUGUGAAUUCGGAUGAUCGAACUGUAACUUCCACUCCAAAAGAAAUUGACAACAAUUUAAAUUCCAUCUCUGUAUCUCCAAACACAAGUGAACCCCAAAGAAGAAAAUUAUGUGGUCCUAAAGGUCGUAAAAACUUCUCCGUUUCUGAUGAAGUUCUGAACGCAUUGCGCAAAGGACAUGUUGAUGACUUGUCUAAUGUUAAACAAGUUAAGAAGGCAAUUUGUGAAACAGUCGAAUGUGAUACAACAACCAAAAGUUUACCGUUGCAGCCUGUAACUGAUAAAUUGGGAACAAAGAGAGUGAAGUUUUCCACAGAUUUUGAAAGUCAAUGCAAUAUUGCGGAAGAGCCGACUCAAUCUAAAUAUUCAUGCGAUACAUGUAAACAAAGUUUUGCUACUUUACACGAGAAAGAAGAACAUACCAAAUCUCAUCAGGCAGUUUCAUCUAUUGAGACUGUUCCAAAACCUAAGAAACGACGUAUGAUGCGCUGCAAGCGAUGUCACGAGGUAGUUGACGCAAGAUUAGUUAGAAUCCACACCUGUCGAACAGCGAAAUUUCACAAAUGCUACGUUUGUAACUCAACUUUCAGAACAGAAAAGUUGUUAGUCACACACCUGGAGACUCACGACGAAUCAGAAUUUAAUAUUGACAAUAUUGAGUGUGGAGAAAGUAUUAAAAAAGUAGCCAAUGUUACUAGUACCCAAGUAACGGUGGCUCAGCGUGCAGCUGAUUCGAACACCACAAGUAUAGAGCAAUGUGAAAAAGAAAUGCCUGCCACAGUCACAGAGAUAUACACAUGUUUUGUUUGUGAUAAAAAGUUUACAGACCAAGAAAUACUAAAAGACCAUCUGCAGCAACAUUGUAAUGAUGAAAGCGAAGAAGAUAAUGGUUCCGGGAAAGAAGAAUAUCAAUGUGCAAUUUGCGGUGAUUCGCUGGAGAAUGAAGAUGCCCUGGAAGCUCAUGUGGAAAAACAUCUUUGCGAUGACCAAGACGACAAUCCAAAUCUAAUAAAUAUAACAAGCGAAAGUGAUAACAAAAAGUUGGAGGUGAUGUUUAAGUGCGAGCAAUGUACAAACGGAUUUACAUCCGAAGUAUUGUUAGCCCUCCAUAUGCAGUCUCACGAAGAAGAGCUCGCUAUAGCGAAAUGGGAAAAAGAAUCUGCAGAACGGACGAUAAUACGCGAAGAAUUUCUCUGCGCUAUAUGUGAUGAGACAUUUAAAACUGAAGCAGAACUUUCAGAACAUGUCGAUAUGCAUAAUGGUAACGCUCACGUUUGCUUCUUGUGCGAGAAACCUUUCCUCACUCUUGAAGACCUUCAAGCACAUGUUGAAAGUCAUUAAAUAGAAUGUACAUACGCAUAUGUGUAGUAGAUUUUUUCACACUUAAUGUGAGUAAAUUAUACUGGAUGCAAUAGUGUCUUUCCAAAAAAAGCAUGUUUCUUGUUGUAUGAUGAUAGGUAAUAUGUAUAAUUAUCAGUGCAUGUAACCCCUUUCUAAUAAUUUCAACAUUGCUUUUUGACUAGGUUGUAGUUCAAUCUGUAACAUAAUGAUUUUUUGUUUCCUUUUUUUACUUCUUUUCUUCCCUUCAAUUUGCUAGCCAUUUAACUUUUCAUGUCAUUAUCAAAUUCAUGAAAUUAUUCAUGUAUCGCGUGUGAAUUUAUCAUUUUCUGGUAUAUUAGUUCAAUUUAUUUUUACUCAGUACAACUGCAAUAGAAAUUGU